UUCUAUAACGGCACCCUUUCCAAUGUGAUACUGGUCGGGUGAGGAGACUUCCAAGAGUUGUAGAGGCAAGGAUUUGUGUAAAAGCAAGAUAAUGGCGAGCUCUAAGGAAGAAUCAUUUGAUGGAAUGCUGCUAGCCAUGGCACAGCAACACGAAGGGGGUAUACAACAGCUGCUGCAUACAUUUUUUGGUUUCUUGGCAAGAAAAACUGAUUUUUACACAGGAGCUGAAAAAGGCUCUGCAGAAAAGCUAGUUGUGAAUGUAUUCAAAGAAUAUGAAAAGAAGGCCUUGAAGAAAAAAGAAGAAAACGAAAGAGAAAAACAGGAAAUGAGGAAACGUGAAGAACUCAGAAGACAAGAAAAAGAAAGAAAAGACGCAGGUCCUAAAAUCGAAGAAAUUACUGAUGACGAAGCGAAGAAGAUUCAAACUGAAAUUGAUAAAAAGAAGAAAGCAGAAUCUAAAAUUGAAGAGUUAAAUGAUAAAGGGAAAUCUGACACGCCAUUGGUGGAUAUAAAAGACGACGAUGAAGAGGAUGAAGAUUCUAAAGGAAAACUGAAACCAAAUGAAGGGAAUGGUGCUGAUUUACCAAACUAUCGUUGGAUUCAGACACUUGGCGAAGUCGAUAUUUAUGUGCCGCUAAAAGUUGACUUCAGAGUGAAAUCUAGAGAUUGUAUAGUUGACAUCAAGCAAAAGGGUAUAAAAGUUGGAUUGAAAGGACACGAGGCAAUAAUGGAUGGGGAACUCUUCAAAAAGGUAAAGCAGGAAGACAGUGUUUGGGUGCUCGAAGAUGGAAAAGUUAUACACAUCACACUUGAAAAGAUAAACAAGAUGGAAUGGUGGGACAAAGUUGUUAUGACUGAUCCAGAGAUCAAUACUAAAAAAGUACAACCAGAGAACUCCAAGUUGUCGGAUUUGGACGGUGAAACACGAAGUAUGGUUGAGAAGAUGAUGUAUGACCAACGGCAAAAAGAGAUGGGUUUACCUACAUCUGAGGAACAAAAGAAACAAGAUAUGUUGAAGAAGUUUAUGGAACAGCAUCCAGAAAUGGAUUUCUCUAACGCAAAGUUUGCAUAAUCAACAAGGCACGUUAGCAAAAUUCGAGACCUUUCCUAUCCCAUGCUGUAUUUCGGCAUCUGUACAACAUCCAUCGCUAGCAGGAUUCUAGUUUUCUGCUGAAGAAGGAACCAUUGUAAUAUCAGAUUAUAAACAAUUAAUUGUUUCAGAAAAAUGUUUUUGAUUCUCCUUAUUGAACUUAUGUAGUACAUUUCAAUGUGGUUAACGUGAGGCCUAUUUCCUCCCAAAUUUUGAGAUUGGAGCGAAAAGUUUUGUUAAUUGUGUUAUUUCAUCUUCGAAACGAGUUUCUGCCGCAAUGCCUUGAA